AUGCUGAUAAUGCUGUUUGUCCUGUUUCCCCGACAGGAAAAAGAUGACUUCGAGCCGCAGGCAUCAUCUAAAGAGGCCUACAUGUCUCAGAACUGCCCAGGCCCCGAUCUGGCCGGAGACCAGGCGACCCUCAUGGAAACCUGCAAAAAGUUAGCCGCUCUCGUUGACAAAGUGGAUGAAGACAGAUAUGACCUGGAGUCUAAAGUAGGCAAGGCUGAUAAAGAGAUCGACGACCUGAAGAUCAAAGUGGUGGACCUGGCCGGCGUGAAGAAACCGGCCCUGAAGAAGGUGCGCAUGUCCGCCGACGCCAUGCUGAAAGCUCUGCUGGGCUCCAAACACACCGUCAACAUGGACCUGAGGGCCAACCUGAAGCAGGUCAAGAAGGAGGUCAAGGAGGAGCCCGCAGAAGCAGUGGGCGACUGGCGUAAGAACAUUGAGGACAAGGCUGACAGGAAGAAGAUGGGAAAGAAGAUGACAUCCAGUCGCAGGCAUCAUCUAAAGGAACUCUGCAAAAAGCUGCAACACGCUAUCGAUGUGGUGGAUGAAGAGCGCUACGACACAGAGGCCAAACAAGUAAAGACGCAAAAGGAGAUUGAUGACCUGAAGAUGAAGGUGGUGGAGCUGGCCGGAGUUAAGAAGCCGGCCCUCAAAAAGGUUCGCAUGUCUGCGGACGACAUGCUGAAAGCUCUGCUGGGCUCCAAACACACCGUCAACAUGGACCUGAGGGCCAACCUGAAGCAGGUCAAGAAGGAGGUCAAAGAAGAGGCUGGGGAAGCAAUCGGUGACUGGAGGAAGAAUAUCGAAGACAAAGCUGACAGGAAGAAGAUAAAGAAAAUGACAUCCAGCCGCCGGCAUCAUCUGAAGAGCUUGAUGCUGCAGAUUGCCGCUACCUGGCUGGAGCAGGAGAAGAAGGACGUUGCGGCGGCCAAAGAGGCCUACAUGGCCGAGAACUGCCCCGCCCCCGACCUCAGCGGGGACCAGGCCGCCCUCAUGAGCACAGAAGCAGUGGGCGACUGGCGUAAGAACAUCGAGGAUAAGGCGGACAGGAAGAAGAUUGGCUCCUUUUUCUUCCAUCAAGCGUGUCUUGUCCUCCUUCCUCCUCCUCUCAAUAGGAAGAAGAUGACAUCCAGCCGUAGGCAUCACCUGAAGAGUCUGAUCCUCCAGAUUGCUCAGAACUGGAUCGAGCAGGAGAAAAAGGACAUCCAGGCUGCCAAGGAGGCCUACAUGGCCGAGCACUGUCCCGCCCCGGACAUGGGAGGAGACCAGGCUGCUCUGAUGGAGUUCUGUAAGAAGCUCCACGCUACCCUCGACAGGAUUGAUGAUGAGAGGUAUGACGCCGAGUCCAAAGUUCAGAAGGCAGACAAAGAGAUUGAAGACCUGAAGAUCAAAGUGGUGGACCUGAUUGGCGUGAAGAAGCCCGCCCUGAAGAAGGUGCGCAUGUCUGCAGACUCCAUGUUGGCCGCCCUGCUGGGAUCCAAACACAAGGUGACCAUGGACCUGAGGUCCAACCUGAAGCAGAACGUAGAAGCAGGCGACUGGCGUAAGAACAUCGAGGACAAAGCCGACAGGAAGAAGAUGUUCGAGACCUCCUAAGUCUGCUUCUGUCCGUUUUUGUCUGUUUGUCUUUUUGUGUGCUGGUGGAAGACAAUAGCUGCCGGACGUCCAACCGGACUCAGGGUUCGGUUUUGCAUGUCUGAGAGGAGUCACUCUGAAGGAGAUGUUAUUUGUCGGAGGGUUUUUUUUUCUUUUCUUUGCACUUGGAAGAGGAGGAGCGUGGAGUUUCUGUAAGUUCGCACAAUUAUCGGGUCUUCAACUUCGCACUGUCGAGGACACUCACAUGGAAUGAAACAUGUUCAAUAAACGCAAUAAAGUCUUGUUGGAAAAAAGUAAA